UCCCAACCGACCCCAGUCCCAACCGACCCCAGUCCCAACCGACCCCAGUCCCAACCGACCCCAGUACCAACAGACCCCAGUACCCAGAACCCCAGUACAAACAGACCCCAGUACCAGCAGACCCCCAGUCUAACAGACCCCAGUGCCAACAGACCCCCAUUCCAACAGACCCAAACCCCCAGUACCAACAGACCCCCAGUUCAACAAUUCCCAUUACCAACCGACCCCAGUACCAACAGACCCCAGUACCAACAGACCCCAGUACCAACAGACCCCCAGUACCAACAGACCCCGGUACCAACAGACCCCAGUUCCAACAGACCCGUACCAACCGACCCCAGUACCAGCAGACUGGUACCAGACUGAGUACCAGCAGACCCCGGUACAACAGACUUAGUACCAACAGACUCCAGUACCAACAGACCCCGGUACCAAGCAAACCCCCAGUAGUGCCAGACCCCAGUGCCAACAGACCCAAGUGCCAACCAGACCCACAGUAUCAACAGACCCACAGUACCAACAGACUCCAGUACCCAACAGACUCCAGUACCAACAGACCCCAGUACCAACAGACCCCAGUAUCAACAGACCCCAGUAUCAACAGACCCCAGUACCAACAGACCCCAGUAUCAACAGACCCCAUUACCAACAGACCCCAGUACCAACAGACCCCAGUAUCAACAGACCCCAGUACCAACAGACCCCAGUACCAACAGACCCCAGUAUCAACAGACCCCAUUACCAAUAUGCCCCAGUCAUCAUAA